UUAUGGAUAUGAGUUGCCACCGUCCUUCCCUCCCCAAACCAUGUCCAUAGUUUUCGUAUGAGCGGGAUAUACUGAAUAGGAUGAUGAUGAUGAUAUAAUAGGUCAGCCUAAUUAAAAAUGAUUUCUUAAAGAGACUGUCUACUCACAAAUUUGUGUUACUAAUUACUACCAUGGUAGUCUUAGCUAAGUCAAAAUAGCCGGCUAGUCGGUAACUAUCAAAAUGUUAUCAAAUGAGAAUUUAAUAUUGAUUUAUUAUGUAUUCACUCAUUAUUAAUUUAUAUGAAAAUAUUCGUUUAGAGGAAGCUCGAAUAUUUAAAACCCACAAGGCAUAGACGUAGAAAGGAUUAAAAAGAGAGCCUAAGUUAUUAUUCUCUACAACUUUAAACCUUCAAAGUUAAAAGGUAAAACAAUACUCUCCCCACAAUACAAUAAAAUAUUGGACCACCAAUGAUUCCAAUUCCCAUCAUCCCACAACCAAGAAAAACGAGAUGUUUUUAUAGAGAACAGAGUACCCUAUACUUAGCCUAUUAGGCUAUUCUUCCUCCCACAACCAGGCUGACAGACAGCAGCCUCAAUAACGUGUCUCUCUCCUUUUUUUUCCCCUUUUUUCUUUCUCUCUCUAAAAAACUCCGACCCAAGAACCCAUUAAACUUACUAGACUCGUUUGUCCACCUCCAGAUCCACAUAAACCUUCCUCUUAACUUCCUCCCUCCAUUAAUCCAGAUCUCUUUCUCACUCUUCAUACUCAAAAUUUUCAUACUAAUCUUCCAUUAAUUAACUAACUGAAUAGAAAAAUGGAUGUUACUGUUAGGAAGAGAAAACGGUUGCUUAAAACUUCUAUAUCUUUUACGCAAUAUUUCUCAAGUAGAUAUCUUAUGCUCUGUUUUUGCUGCUUUCUUUGUGUAAUAUUCAUAUCCAGGGGGUUUAAUUUCAGAUAUGGCCCAUUUCGGCCCGCUCCAAUUGGGCCAACCAUUUUUUCUUCUUCUGCUAGUAAGUCGGUUCAGAAUCUCUCUACUCAACAGAAAGUUGAGAGUGAGAUUAGUGUUAGAAAUAGUAAUAGUAGCCGUAACAAUAAUUAUAAUGAAGAAAAAAAUAUUGUUGAUGCUUUGUUCAGAGGGCUUAGAUUAGAGAGCAGAGUUUUGUUUAGUGAUCAUGUAUUGUUGAUUCUAUCAGAUGAAGGAAAGUACUCAAGUGUGGAAUUUGGAGAGAAAAUUGACUGUGUUUACCAUAAGGAAUUAGAUGGCAAUUUGGUUGAAGAUGGUACAGAGUACAGUGAAGAAACUGUAACCUAUCCCAUGUUGUCUGCCGAUGAUUAUGGGGAUGGAAGGUGGAUAGUUCGAUGUCCAACACCGCCUGAGAAUUGCUCGGCAGCUGUAAGACUGCAAGGACGAGAAGAAACCGGGGAAGGAAUUGAGUGGGAGGUUGGGAAGGUAGAGAAUCAGACGGUUCAAUCGUGGGAUAUGGUGGCUUAUGAUGCAGCUUUUGAUGGUGAGGAUGUAGCUGUUGUUUUUGUCAAGGGUUUGCAGCUCAAGUCGGAUAGAGAAUCCGACCCGAAUUUGUUCAAUUGUGUAUUUAAGAAGGAAGGAGAGGAUAAUGCUUUUACCAGUAAGGCAAUUACAGCAGUACAGGAAGUGAUCAGAUGCCCGUUACCCCCGGAAUUGAAGGCAAAUUCAUGGAAUGAGAAGGAAGUUCGAGUCACUGUCGAAACGAUUUUGAAAGUGCCCGGAAGGUCCCAAUUGAAAGGUUUUCGACCCCAACUUGUACCAUCAAUAGCAAAAUUAUAUAAGAGCAGAAACAAGAACAAUGAUAUGAGUAGGUCUAAUCAUAAAUAUAAUCUCUGUGCUUGUACUAUGGUUUGGAAUCAAGCUGCAUUUAUUAGAGAGUGGGUUAUGUAUCAUGCUUGGCUUGGAAUCGAAAGGUGGCUUAUUUAUGAUAAUAAUAGUGAUGAUGGAUUGAAGGAGGUGAUUAAUGAGCUUAAUGAGGAGAAUUAUAAUGUGACUAGGCAUGCUUGGCCUUGGGUUAAAUCUCAGGAAGCCGGGUUCUCGCAAUGUGUGUUGAGAAGUAGGGAUCAGUGUAAAUGGGUUGCAUUCUUUGAUGUUGAUGAGUUUUUCUAUUUCCCACCUCCAAAACCGAAUUUAAACUCGAGCAUUAUCAUUCAUCCGGGGCCGGGUUCUCUUCAAACUCUAGUGAGUACGGUUUCAACUCGUUUGAGAUCAGUGGGUGACAUCCGUACAGACUGUCAAAAUUUUGGACCUUCGGGGCUGAAGAAAAGUCCAGCAGAAGGACUUAUAUUGGGGUAUACCUGCAGACUAAAAAGCCUCGAGAGGCAUAAGUCAAUAGUGAGACUCGAGGCUGUCGAUGAUAGUCUCAUGAAUCAAGUUCAUCAUUUCAAGCUAAAAAAGGAGUUUAGGAAGUUCAAUUUCCGUCGUGCUGUGAUAAACCACUACAAGUUUCAAGUUUGGGAUGUUUUCAAAGCAAAAUUUCAUAGAAGGGUUUCAACUUAUGUUGCUGAUUGGCAAGAAAAUCACAAUGAAAGAUCAAGAGAUAGAGUACCUGGGUUAGGGACAGAAGCAAUCGAGCCAUCUGAUUGGCGUCGGAGAUUUUGUGAAGUGUGGGAUACCAGGUUAAGAGACUUUGUUCUAGGAAACCUGGCUGAUCGUAAUACUGGAUUGCUUCCUUGGCAAAGGUCACAGCUCAAUGAUGAGGUACCUGCAGCUCAUCUACACUUGUAAAACAUAAAACACACUUAAUUCUUUUUACCUUUGUUUUAUUGAAACCAUAUAUAUUGUGUAUGUUUUGUAGAGAAGCCAUAGAUUAGUAAAAAAAUUUUCUUAGACGAAUUAAAGAGACAGAAAUAAACCUUUUUUUUUUUUUGUUGUUUUCCUUCCUCAUCUGCUCAUGUAUGUAUUUUUUGGUUUACUGAUAUUAAUUCUUAUAGAGUCAGAGCCAUAUGGUUAUCUGAGAAAUAUUCAUUAA